UGUACAUUAGGUGGGAAUUAUGUUGCAAACUUUUAAACUCUCGUUCAGGUUGUUAAAUUAUUUAUUCUUGUGAGCUUAUCUGUCGCUGCGCGGGGUUGUGCAAAUACCGUGAGUAAGUAAACCAUGGUAAGCACUCAUGCAUGCAGAGACAACGUAUUGGUAGGUAUUGUUUUAUCAGCGCUGAUAAAUGGAUAACUUAGACCACAGAAACGAGCAUGCAAAUGCAUCGAGUUCACUUAAAACAACGUCGUUUGCAAACAGAUGGGCGGAGACGAUAAGUGAGCAUACUAAAGGGGAUCCUAACAGCAAUCAACUUGUCAAUCCUGAAGAUCUCGUGACGUCACGACACGAAAUGACGUCAGAGCAGCAGAUCACGCUUACUUUCCACGACAUCAGGUAUGAAGUGCGGCAGAAAUUGGAUGACGUUCCUUUGUGUGGGAAAACCGCUAUGAAAGAAAUUCUACUUGGAGUAAGUGGUUUGCUCCCACCCGGUUUAAAUGCAAUAAUGGGACCAACAGGAAGCGGGAAAACAUCCUUACUUGAUGUAUUGGCGCAAAGGAAAGACCCGAAAGGUCUGAAAGAAGGAAUUGUUUUAAUAAACGGAGAGCGGCCUCCAGUGGAUUUCCGACUGAUGAGCGGCUACGUAGUUCAGGAUGACGUUGUCAUGGGAACGCUGACGGUUCGUGAAAAUCUCGCGUUUUCAGCCAACUUGAGACUUUCGACCAAGAAAUUUGAUGCGAAAGCUCGGAAACUAAAGGUUGAUGACGUCAUAGAACAAUUAGGUCUUCAAGCCUGCGCCGAUACACCGGUGGGAAACGAGUUUGUGCGCGGAGUGAGCGGAGGAGAAAGAAAGAGAGUAAACAUCGGGAUGGAAAUGAUCCUUGAUCCUCCUGUUCUCUUCCUGGAUGAACCAACCACUGGAUUAGAUGCAAACACAGCGAACUCCAUCGUUCUCCUCUUGUAUAAGUUAGCUAGCGGAGGUCGUAACAUUAUUAUGUCAAUCCACCAACCGAGAUAUUCAAUAUUUUCACUUUUUGAUCGUCUUGUUUUGCUAAACAAAGGAAAUAUCGUGUACAGAGGAGUCGCUAAGAAAGCGGUGCAUUAUUUUAAAGAUAUAGGUUUCAGUUGCCCUCGCUUCCAUAACCCUGCUGAUUUCUUCCUUGAUAUUGUUGGUGGUGACGUCAACACUGCCCGACUUAUCGGUCGAAUGAACAGCGAGUCACGUGACACUGAAGAGGGUACCAGCAGCCCUGCUGAAGAAGGCGACCGAAUAAGAACAGUUAAAGCAUCUUCAAAUCAAAUUUCGAUCGCUAUGGAGGAAGACGAGCAAGAGGACAACAGCGGAAAACUUCUGGAUUCUUUUCGUGCGUCAUCAAUUGCUCAAGAUGAGGAGAAAGCGCUGAAGGUAACAAAACAAUUCAUUAUGUAUUUAUUGCUGCUUUGGCCAUUGGAAAUUAUAAAAGUGCAAAAGAAAAUUAAAUGUUAAAAGCUAUUUCAUAUA